AUGCGUUUGUUGGAAUCUUCUAUCUCUGGUAUACGUGAGGAGCUUGAAUCUAUUGGUUUUGCUAAGUGGUCUCGUGCCUACUCACAACGUAGGAAAUAUAAUGUCAUGACCACUAAUAUAUCUGAGAGUUUGAAUUCUGCUAUGCUGAAGGCUAGGGAGUUACCAAUAUGUUCAAUGCUUGAGGUUUUGCGAAUGAUGUUGCAAAGAUGGUUUUUUGAACGAAAAAAUGAAGUUGAUUAUCAAAUGACUGAUUUUACCAAAACCGUUAAAGGUAUAUUAAGGGAACAGAUCGAACGUAGUCGAUUGAUGAAGGUUAAUCCGGUUAAUAAUAUGAAAUAUCAGGUCAUAGAUGGAACCUCCCAAUAUACUUUGAACCGGGUUAUGGGAACUGUUGGAUGA